AUGUUCGCAGUGUUCGAAGAUGAAAACAACGAUGACGAAGUGAUUUCCAUCCAAGACGAAAACAAUGACCAGCUGGAAAGUAAUCAACAUCUCCACCACUUGGAACACAAUGUUCCACAACCAGCUACAACAUCAAGCUUGACGCAUCGAUUAAAUCCUUCAAAAGUCUUUAGCGAUUCCGAUCGAACAGAAAACCUACCUCCGUCCGUGAUGCAAGCACUAAAUAAUAGACGAUUACUUCAGCAACAAGGCUCAGGUAGCAGUGGCAGUAGUGGUGGAAAUACAAGACCCACACGAACUUUCGGAGCAGUACUGUCCACUCACGAGCUUGAGAAUGAAACCAAUCAUAACAUUCAUUCGGAAUCUAUACAACAACAACAACGAAAUGACGAGGAAGAGGAGGAUCAUCAAACGAAUCCUUUUGAUAAAUAUUGGAAUAUUCAGCUCCCUCCGAAACCUUCCUCAUCAUUGAGUGGUGCUGUUAGCAGUAUUAAUACGUCAGCUUCAACUUUUGGUGCUACAAAUACAAGUAACCUUUUCAAUAAUAAUUCAUCAUUUAUGAGCUCGGGUAGUAAUGUGACGAAUCAACGAAAGAAGAGUCUAGCAGCUUCUUCAUCAUCAAUAUCCAACAAUGAUCACAAUACAACACGUGUAAGCUCAAUGAAUACAAAUAGUGGAGAAGAAAAUCAACCUUUAAAAGUACUACAAUCUCCGAUGGCAUCACAUUUGCUCAGCCCGUCAGUUCGAAAAGCAAUUUCUAGUAUUUAUAAUGAAAACAAUGAGACCUCCAUUUCUGGCUCAUCAUCUUCGUCAGCCAAGGAUAAAGUCUCAAAUCAAAAUGUAAAUAACACAUUUCACAUUCCAUCAGACAGUAAUAUUACAGAAAACACUGAAAAUAAUUUUAUACAUCAUGUACAUAACACAUUUGGAACUAGAAAGCGAAAAAGCCACCUAGCCAAGAGUUUAUUCACUGUAUUUGAUGAUUCUGCAGCCACUUCAACGGAAAAUCAAACAACAGUUGCUACUUCUAGUGAAAACGAUUAUGCAAAUGAGAAGGAAAAAUAUUUAUUUGGUGAUGAUACUGAGGAUGAGGAAAUUAUUCGUGAGAAAAUACCUUCUCAACAAUAUUUAUCAUCAACAUCACCAUCAUCUAGGAAAGACAUGUUUGUUUCAUCUGUGACAUCACCUCUUAAAAAAAGAAAGAUGACAACAUCUUUAAAUACUAACAUUGAAAACCCUUCUCAAACGCUCAUAACGAAUCAAGAAGAAGAAGAAGGAGCUGAUCAAAAUCCUCUCGACAGUAGCCACUCUUCUCUCAAUAUUUCACCUCCUCCAGUAGUGUUCGGAUCUGAAAAUGCAGAAAAUAUUUUAUUUAGUGACCAUGUGGAUGAUACAGUGGAGAAUCAAGAAAAACCUUCGUCGCCACAUCUUCUCGAAGCUGGGCUUUAUACCGGUAGAUCUAGAGAUAGAAAGAGCAGAAUUCAAAAUGCAUACUUGGAGAGUAAUCCAAUGCAAUUGUCACCCAUUCCAAACUCUGUAGAAAGAAACCAAGAUUUUGCUACCAGUCGCAUCUCACAUUCUCCACUUUUAAAAUACACAAUUCCCUCACGAGGAGUCGAUAUGAACUUGAGCUCUUUUGACGUCUCAAAUAAUUCUGCACUCAAUAUUAGUAUAAGAGAACGUGAUGAAAUCAUUGAUCAGUUGAACAAUGAAUCUGAAAAUGAUCGAAAAAAGAUUAGAGAAAUGAAAGUAAUUGUAGACAAAUGGGAGAGAGAAAAUUCUCAUUUACGAAAUCAAACUGAGCUUUAUAAGAAACAAUAUGAGGAGUUGCUCAAUGUCGUGGAACUUGAAUCACAAAGUAAGAAUGAUGAAAUUACUAAAUUGCAUGAGCAAAUUUUGGAACAAAACAACGCUAUUCAAGAAUUGCAACAUACUCUAAACUCACAAAAGGACUUGAUGAUUGCCGAAGUAGAAACAAAGCUUUUGGGAAUUGAUAAAACAGUAGAAGCAUUGAAAAGUGACAUUGUACAGAAAGAUAUCCAGAUCGAUGCUCUCGAACGUCAAAAUAUGACAUUACAAACUCAAAUUGAGGAGACGCACAAGUCAAGAUCUGAAGCCAUUCAAAAAUCUCAAUCACAGCAAAGGGAGUACGAUAUGUUGUCACAAAAACAUGAGUCUCUUGUUUUCAAAAUUUCCCAACAGGAAAAGAAGCUGGAAGAACUCAACACAUUAGAAUCCGAAAUUAAGAAUUUGCGUAAUGAGAUUUCGCAAAGAAAUGACGAAAAGAAGAGAAUUAGAGAAUUAGAAACUGAGCUCCAAAAAGCUCAAUUAUCGUUGGAGUCACAAGAAUUGCUCAAAGAAAAAAUUAGAGAUUUGGAAUCGCAAUUACUUGCCAUCGAAACUUUAACUGUACAAAAUGAGAAAUUGAGCUCAAAAACACUCGAACUGGAAUCAUUGCUCAAGAAGUGGGAGCAAUCAUUUGUAGAUUGUACUCCAGCAGACGUAGAUUACAAGCUCAAAACAAUUAAUUCCAAGUGCUCACGAUUAGAGGAACGUAUUCAGGAUCUGCUUAUUGAAAAGAAUGAUUUAUCUCAGCAUGUACAAAGAUUAACUAGCGAGAUUACAUUCCGAGAGAGUGACAUUGCCCAAUUACGGAGCGAAAAUCAACUUCUGCAAGAUAAACUAACCAACGCUGAAGUGAAAUUAUUUGGAGCUAAAAAGCAGUUAGAAAGCGCCACAAAAUUUGCACAUAUCAACGACAAGGAGGAAGCAUUUUCAAGCAACUCAGCGGAAGAUGAAAAGAACUCGUAUUACUUACAACGAAUUACUUCGCUAGAGCAAAUUAUUGAAGAAAAAGAUGCCAUUAUCAAGACAUUGGCAGAUAAAAUGGAAUCUCUACAGAUCACUGUCACAGACAAGCAGACCUCAUUGGAAACCUUGGAAAAGGAAUUUGAGCGCAUCAACACGAGCCGCCAUGAAUACAAACAAAAAUCAGAAGAUCUUCAGCAACAAGUGGAAAAAUUACAAAAGCUUCGUGACGAGCUGGAAAAUGAGAUUGCUCGUUAUGAACAAAAACUAGGACGUGGAGAGUACAAUAAGGACAAGGUAAAAAUUCUUCACAUGAAACUUAAUCCAGAAACAGAGGCCAAAAAAUCGAGUUCCAAUGAUGUGGAACGACUCAAAACUGAGAACAAGCUCUUAAAUGACGAGUUGGAAACACUGAGACAACAAUUAGAGCGCUCAGGAACAGCCAUUCACAACGAGCAAGAAAUUGUCAAACUCAAAGAAGAGAAUGCCGAUGCUCAACGCCGAAUUACCAAGCUCAAAGAAGUUUUCCAAAAGAAAAUUAACGAAUUUAGAAAAUCUGUCUAUUUGCUUUUCGGUUUUCGAGUGGAUGUGAUUGAGACCAAUCGAUUUAGAUUGAGCAGUAUGUAUGCAGAAUCGCCUGAAGAUUAUCUUCUUUUUGAAAGUGACGGAAAUGCCAUGAAAUUACUCUCCUCAGAAUUUGCAUGCUCGAUCGAUGAGAAAAUUAUGAAGUAUCUUUCACAAUUUCGAUCCAUACCAGGAUUUUUAUCUUCUCUCACUAUGGAUUUAUUCAACAAACAAACUGUAUUUACUCAAUAA